AUGGGCUUCUUCAAGAAUUACCGUGUUUAUAUCCUUACGGCAGUGGCCUACUCUGGGUCCCUGCUUUUCGGAUUCGACACUGGAGUGAUGGGCAGUGUCCUUGCUCUGGAAAGCUUCAAGAAUGAUUUCGGUCUCGCGGGAUCCGAUGGAUUUGCAGACGCGGCAAAUGCCCAGGUUUCCUCCAAUGUGGUGUCUCUGCUCACUGCUGGCUGUUUCUUCGGCGCCAUCGGUGCCUCCUUCCUCAAUGACUACCUCGGACGUCGUUACUCCCUCAUGAUCCUAUCUGUCGUGUUCCUGAUUGGAGCUGCUAUUCAAGUUGGCGCAAGCCAUGAAAUUGGUAUGAUCUAUGGUGGCAGAGUCGUGGCCGGAUUGGGUAUCGGCGGCAUGUCCAGUAUCACACCGGUGUUUGUGGGCGAGAGUGCCCCCCCGGCGGUACGAGGUCGUAUUGCGGGAAUGUUCCAGGAGUUUCUGGUCAUCGGAAGCACCUUUGCCUACUGGCUGGACUAUGGUGUGGCCCUGCACAUUGCACCCAGCACUAAGCAAUGGCGGAUUCCAGUUGCGGUCCAGCUCAUCCCGGGCGGGCUCAUGCUGAUCGGACUCUUCUUUCUCAAGGAGUCCCCCCGCUGGCUGACCAGCAAAGGCCGCCAUGAAGAGGCGCUGCAGUCUCUGGCGUACAUUAGAAAUGAGCCCGCCAGUAGCGAGGUGGUGCAGACCGAGAUAGCUGAGAUCCGCGCCUCCAUCGAGGAGGAGCAGGCCGCGACCGAGGGAUUGACUUACAAAGAGUUCCUUCAGAAGAGCAACCGAAACCGCUUCCUGUUUGCCGUCGUACUCAUGCUCUGCCAGCAGUUUUCGGGGACGAACUCCAUUGGAUAUUAUGCACCCCAGAUCUUCCAAACCAUCGGUCUUAGCGCGACCAACUCGUCGCUUUUCGCCACGGGUGUUUAUGGAACCGUCAAGGUCGUCGCGACGGCGAUAUUCCUGUUCGUCGGUAUAGAUCGCUGGGGACGGAAGAAGAGUCUGAUUGGAGGCUCAAUCUGGAUGGCUUCCAUGAUGUUUAUCAUUGGUGCCGUCUUGGCCACUCACCCGCCUGACACAUCUGCGUCAGGGGUUUCUCAGGCUUCCAUUGCCAUGGUCGUCAUGAUCUAUCUUUAUGUCAUUGGGUACAGCGCCUCAUGGGGGCCAACUCCAUGGGUCUAUUUGAGUGAGAUAUUCCCAACCCGCCUGCGUGCAUACGGUGUUGGCCUGGGAGCAAGCAGCCAAUGGCUGUUCAGCUUCGUUGUUACCGAAUUCACGCCCCACGCGGUGCACAACCUGGGCUGGCGGACGUUCCUCAUGUUCGGAAUCUUCUGCGCGGCCAAUGGCGUGUUCAUCGUCUUCUUCGCCAAGGAAACCAAGGGCCGCUCUCUCGAAGAGAUGGACAUUCUCUUUGGAGCAGUCGAUGAAAAUGAGCGCCGUGCUGCCGUGGAACAUACCCUGAACAAGGGUGUGGUCUCUCAUAUCGAGCGGACCGAGGAGGACAAAGUCUAG